AAUUCUUCUUUUCAUAACAUAAACAUGAUGGCUCUCUCUCUCAAACAAGUUUUUCGGAAAAGAAUUAUUAAUAUAGCCUUCUCUAGUGCUGCAGCAUUACACACAAGAUCACAAAGACAGUCCAGCAUUACCUUAACGUCACUGAAGAAUGGCAAUGGUUCUCAAGGUUUCUUGCAACCAGCACGCUACCCCCUACAACUUGCCUUAAGGUCUAUGUUCAUCAAAGUCCAGGAUACACCAAACCCAAACUCCCUCAAGUUCAUACCAGGAGUUCAGGUCCUUGAGUCUGGCACAGCUGACUUUGCCAAUGUGAGUGCAGCACAGAAGUCUCCAUUGGCCAAGCUGCUUUUCAGGAUUGAAGGUGUUCAAGCAGUGUUCCUCUCAACUGAUUUUAUCACCAUCACAAAG